GUUGAGAGCUUCCGGGAAGUAGCCUCAGAGGAACACGCUUGCUAGUGACAGUCGACUGACAGUAGCUAUUCACAAGUGAAUGGUGUGUGUAGGCAGCCAGACCUCCCCAGAGUAAAUCUCUCUGCACCACCAUGAUCAACAUGUACCAGACCAACCUGCCUCCACCACCGAUCCCCCCCCGGCUAGGCUCUGUCAAGUCAGCACCAGGAGCGGGCCACAACAAACCUCUCCUCGGGUUCCUCAUUGGUAUGAUAGUGCUCCAAAUGCUGCUACUACUGGGGGGAUUCACCUACCUGUACCACAAGGAAAACAAGUAUGACGAGGACUUUGAACACAAGUACCUGGAUGACAUGAUCGUCCUGAGGAGACUUGGGGAGUGUGAGAAAGACAGCCAGUCAGUGCUGGACUGUGAGAAGCUUGUGGAGAAAUACAAAAACAUAAUGGAAAAGGUCUCACAAGUUGAAGGAAAAGCUGUCAAACUCACUGGGGGUGUGCCCUCGUAUGGAGCCAUGGCACGCAUGAUAGUCAAGCAACCUGUCGUCAGUGCACUCCCUUCAUCGAAGUAUCUGGAGUGGAACAUAGGCCACUCAGUGCUGAGGAACGUCCAGUACUUCAAGUCCAGCUGGUUGAAGGUUCUGCAGCCUGGAGACUACGACAUUUACUCCCAGGUGGCCUUCUCCAAAUGGCACCCCAAAACCCCUCUGGCGAGCCGGGUGAAGCUGAGGAAGGGGGAGACAGGAAAGGAGAAGAACCUGAUGACAGCCUACUGCAGCCUGGGGGACCAGAACCGGACAGACGUGUGUACGGCCUUCCAGGGAGGAGUGUUCAGUCUGGAGCCUGAAGACCAGAUCUCUGUGUGGGUGACGGACCCCAGCCUGGUCAACUAUGAGGAAGGGACGACCACCUUUGGAUUAUUUAAACUGUAGGCUAGACAUUACCUACAGUAUGGAGAGGAUGGACUGUAUUACUUUGGAUUAUUACUGUAUUGGAGUGAUGGGUGGAAUCAAGGCCCUGCGUGCUGUUGGAUUUGGUACAGGACUGAUAACAGAUCUGCUCAUGGACUACAUCUUUCUAAAAAGGCCUCGAUGAAAGGAAUCCCUGGAACUUAUUGCUGUUGAUUGGAUAACGUGCUCUCCCUGCCCCCACAGUGUUAGAUAUGAAUAUUAAUUUCUAAGAAUAUAGCAAUGACUGUGUAUUUAUUGUGACGGAUGGUGUCUGUAUAGUUAAUAAAUUAUUAUAUUUUAAU